CUCUAUAUCUUACGGUUAUUACCACUAACACCUUUGAUUAUUGAAAUAUAUUUCGGGUGACUUAAGAACACAGCAAUCAUCAUGGCCGAAGUAAGAAGAUGUCGUCGUUGUAAGAGAAAGAGAAUGGAUGAUGAGCCUCCUGAGGUUAAACAAUACAAAACUUGUGCCAAAUGUAGAAUCAUUGAAAGGCAAAAGAAAAAGCUGAGAAAACCUUUGGCAGAGGAAACCAUGAUCUAUGGGAUGAAACAAUUUCAACAGCAAAGUCUGAACCUGAACUUCUCACACGAUGAUAUAUUCAUGGAUGAUGAAUUGUUCUCCAAAAAGAAGUAUGACAGCAAUGCCAAUAUGAAUAUGAAUUCUAAUCAAUACCAAUACCAAUAUCAAUAUUCCUAUCCAAACGGUAAUGGUGCUGCUGGAACCAAUGGUAACAUAGGUAUUAAUGGAGUUGCUGGAUCUGCCACCAUGGCUGGGUCUGCUGAUACAAAUUACGCCCCAAAGUUUUGUGAUAUCUGUAAUGAAAAAUUGGACUUGAAUGAGGAGAUUUCUGUACAUUAUAACCUAUGUCUCAACUGUUAUGCCGAUCCCUUCAAGCUAUACAAUGCUUUUGAUGACUACAAUGAAUUUUUGAAGAAAGUGGGUGAAAACAACUCCAAAAAUGUGAUUAAUCACAUCUUUUUGAAACAAAUUGACAAGAACUUCGUGGACAACUUGAACUCUAUGAAUAAGGUGAUAAAUGUUGAAACACAGUUCAGAGAGUUUAUUUUGGAUAAUUUGAAAAAGAUUUAUAUCGAACCCAUUAUUGCUAGUUCGGGAUAUGAAUUUACUUUAAUAUCGUCUAAUGUGAACGAAUUGAGCUCAACAUCUCCAACUGUCAAUGACUCGAAUCAAUAUCAGUACAAAGACACCAAGCCUAUCAAAGCAUACUUCAAGUGUUUGAAAGAAAUCAACAAUAAGAUCAGCUGUGAAUCCAACUUGUUUUUGGACUAUAGCUUAUUUAAUAACUUUUUGAAAAUCAAGUACAAUCAUAAAGUGCAUAACUUCUUCCUCACAUACCCAUUGCGGUUUAUCAACAUACUAUAUGAGAUAUACAAUGGCGUCAAAGAAUCUUCUUCUGACCCUUCAAAAGUUGGAUUCAACCCUUAUACUGGAGAAAUUGUAUUGGAGGAAUUAACCAAUAAGCUCGGCGACUACGAAGAUGAGUUUAAAACUAUUAUCAAUGCUAUCAACAAAGAAGAUUUCAUCAAUGAAUUCCAUCAUUUGGGGGACAUUUUUGAGAGUCACAAGAACAAGUUACUUACCAAAGAGUUGAGUGAACCACCUAAGCCCUCGGACGACACCUCUAAUGGAGGUGGAAGACACGAUGCCAAUGAAGACGAUGACGAAGGCAAGGAAGAUAAUAGCAGUAAGUUGGAAGAUGGUGAAGAAGAUGAAGGUGAAUUGAGUGGAAUUAAUGGCAAUGUACUUGACACCGAACAAUCCAAUGACGGAAUCGAUAAGAUACUUGACCCGGCUUUUGAAUGAUCAGCGUGAUAGUACGCCCGCUUAAAAAGAAAAACGUUUGUAAAGUAUUGGUAAUUGUAUUUAUGCCUAUAGUUUAGUUGUAAAUGAAAAAGAGUUUAG